CAAAGCUGGUCACUAACAACACCUCGAUCAAAUAGGACAGUCUACAUUUUCACGAGUGUUUGAUAUCAUUGUUAUGUUCAGCAAGUAGGAUUAUCAAAUCAAGAUCUCUGCCUGACUCUGAUUUGCAGAUAUGGGAAGGCAGAAGACCCUGGCAUCCAAGCUGCACAGGCACUGUGAGACCUGUCACAGAAGGUACUGCAAAGUCAUCAUAGAAAUCUCCGUGUCAUGUAUGGUCGUCAACUGCCGCUUGCUCUGCGGCGCCUCCUUUCACAUGUGCAAAGAAGAAGAACACAUACUGCUGUGUCCUAAUGAGAAAGUUCCCUGCCUGAACGCCAACUAUGGCUGCCCGCUUACCAUGUGUCGAUCAUACCUGGCUAAACACCUGAAGGUGUGUCCUGCCAGUGUGGUGGUCUGCUCGAUGGAGUGGAACCGCUGGCCCAUCGAAGAGGCCGAGCCUCCUGAGUUUUACAACAAUAUCUUGAAGGAGAACUAUACGCAGGAACCACUGGACCUCUCCAUGGCGCUCCGGGACCAAGGGUACCUGUUUCACUCCCUCAAAAUGAAAACUCUGUUUCCUGAACUGAUUGAAAAGCUGAAGGAAAAACCCAAAGAAGAUCAAGAGCUCGAAGGAGCGGUCGGAGGGGUAUAUACAGACGUUCUGGAAGCUUCAACAUCUGCAGGUGUUUAUCCAGGGUGUGAAUUACAGGAGGGGGAGUUAACACAGGAAGAGAGAGAAGCCAUAGCAAAAGACACUAAUGUUUCAGGUAUCGACAGGUACGAUAUCUGGGAGAGGAUCUUCAGUAUGGAGCUGAGCGGUUGCAAACAUACCAUUAAAUCAAUGGGCACAGAGCCUAGUUCCACCAGCACUGAGCUGAAGCUCCAGGCAAAUCCAACAAGGCUCGAAAUCCUGCAGGAAGAGACUCAACCUGAAACUGUGGAAUCAAAUCCAUCUUUUGAUAUGCCACAUUUUAACCCAUAUGAGAUGGACGAGGACAAAUAUCUGAUAGCCACGUCCUUGUUUGCUUGUGAUACACGUCCGAAGAAAAAAUUCAUAUAUGAACAUUUGCAACCCAUGAAGAUCAAAACAGUGCGAACAUUCAAGGUCCCCACCAGCUUCAAGGCGAGGCCGGGUCAUAUCCGCAAUCCCUCACAUUACAAGAAGGUCUGUCAAGCCGUUGACACGUCAGACCUGGGCAUUGACCUGGAUGAUGUGCCAAAAUGGGAUGAAGUUCAAGCAACCCUUUUGUGUUCGUUGGAGAAGGAGCUAAGAGGACACCUGAUUGCAGAGUCCAGUGGUACAGAUUCCCUUCUUAGGGAUAAGGGAACUCAGACCUAUGAUUUUUACUCGGCUCCUUUCAAGGCAGAUGCCACCCUGGCAGACAUCACAGCAGAACGGGCUCUAAAGCUUCACGUCCAGAUUCAAACUGAGAGUGUCACCAAUAGGCACAACAAAUCCAGCUCAGCGUUCACGUACGUCUGCUGCCAUUCCUUCAGACGAGACGAGUUCCCUUCUCACUAUAAGAACGUUCACUCUGAUAUCCAGUUCUCUCUGAACGGCUGGUUUGAGGAGCGGUGUCCACUGGCUUAUUUGGGAUGCACCUUCAGCCAGAGACGGUUCCAACCGUCCUCACACAGAGCCACGGUGUCCUAUGAUAAAGACCUCAGCACAUUCACUCUGAGACCUGAGGUGCCACCGGUUCUGUAUGAUGGUGUGAAAACAGUGAUGACCGAUAGGAAGCGGGCUCGCAACCUGGACUCUCUGAGCAAGCUGCCGUUUGAGCUUCUCAUCCAUAUCGCAGGGUUUCUGGACAGCUUCACGCUGUCUCAGCUGGCUCUAGUAUCCCGGCUAAUGAGAGACGUAUGUGGGACGUUACUGCAAGAAAGAGGUAUGGUCUCACUAAAGUGGCAGAAGAAGGUCUACUCUCAUGGCGGAUGGUGCUGGAGGAUCAAACAUAAGGUCUGGCAGUUCAGUAACUUGUUCUCUCCCGUGGAUAACUGGUGCCUGGACAAGGUCCCGUCAAUGUCUGAGCAUCUGAAGGUCUGUCCGUAUUAUGAGAUGGAGAACAGAACAGAACCGGUUCUUCUGACUUGUGUCAAUGACUGCCAGAAAAGAAAGGAAAAGGAACAGAGUCUCAUCUCUAUGUUUAUAAAAAAUUAAAUAUUUAAACUGCUCAGUGUUUGAUUAAUUGUAUUCUGGCACUAAUUAAUAAUACAAAUGUAAAUAUUUAUUCAUCACUGAAAGUAAAGAUCAGAAUGUUUUCUCUCUACUCUGUAAUGCCUUGCAUGUUCAUCUACGUCAAGCGUUGUAGUUUAUUGUGUUUUUAAUGUGUCUUUAGUUUUUACUCCUGUCUGGUUUUACAAUAUGGAUUAAAUCUGUUUUUGCCAACCUGAGUAUGUGGUAUUUGACCUAAUAAACAUUUUUUAAUACAUGCUACGAGUAUGUCCUGUACCUCACCCCCACACUAGGCUGAGUUCUAUUGUGCAGUUCAAUAUAAGGAUGCUGGACACUCAUGUGUUACCGUAUCAUGUCUUUUUUAAUUUCAAUUAUUUUUGCCACUGGUGACUGUCACAGUAUGUUGAGCGCCCCACAACAGGGGCUUGACUUGACAUAGAAAUACCAGCAAAAACAAAGCAAAGCUACACCUGGACCACUAGAUAAAACCCAACUCCAGGAUGGAUUCCUGAGACAGCUACACACAAAAUGCUGGCAAAACAACAUCUAAUGUUUCCACACCACCACUGGACAAAAACCAAAAAAGUCCAGG